AUGAGCCAAGCAUGUCACGACGUCCUCGUUCAGCAAGUUGGACAGGAGCGGACCCGACAUGAUGCCGGUUACUCGGUGAUCAGCGGUAGAUGGAAGCGCCUGGGCAAGAUCAGUCCGAGCGGAUGUUCACCCAAGCCCGAGCUCGAAGUAUCCAGUAGCUCAGACUGUCGAGUUACUGCUGCUCAGAUGUAUAACUGGGAAAUCGAUGUGAAUACGGUCGACAAGAACGGCAAGUUGCUGUCCAAGCUCGGAUAG